GUUGUUGUUGUGCUAUGAUUUAGCUUUUUUUUUUUUAAUACAUUUAUAAUAAAACAGAUUCCUAUUUAUUCUUUGUAUAAAUACCUUUGACUCAAUUUAAUGCUACAUGGAUGAAUCUGUUUAUUACCACUUUGCUACUGUGAAGCAGAGAAUAGAAAAUCGACAUGAAAUUGAAUACCAAUUAAUUCUAAGACAACAACCGAAGCAAUCACGCAUGUGUGGCAUUGGUGAGAAAGCUGACAGGAGACCUAUUGAUCCACCACCCAUUGUUCAGUUGAAAGUUAUAGAUCCAUCACUGUCGCCUUAUGAAAAAAAUUCAUAUUUACAAAACCCAUACUAUUUUAUGUAUGCCUCGUUAAUGGCAGCAGAUUUAGACGAGGAGUUACAUUUGUUAAAAGAUGGAAGAACAAGGAGUACAACUGGAUCUGUUGUUUCUUCACUUUAUCAUUUAAAAGACAUUGAUAACACAGAUGCGGGGUUUUUUGUAUUUCCAGAUUUAUCUGUUCGAAUGGAAGGAAGUUAUAGAUUAAAAUUAAGCCUAUUUGAAAUUAUUGGUAAAGAUGUAUUUCAUUGUCGAUCAAUCAUUUCAAAUAAAUUUUUUGUUUAUUCUGCAAAAAAAUUUCCUGGAAUGGAAGAGUCGACAUUCCUAUCAAGAUCAUUUGCAGAUCAAGGUUUAAAAAUACGAAUAAGGAAGGAACUACGUCAACGAAGAAAAUUAAAAAAUAAUAUAGAAGAAAGGAAUAGAAAUAAUAUACCAAUAUCGUCACAUUCGUCUCUUACUCAAAUUGGAAAAAGAAUAAAGAUAUCAAAAGAGUUAUUACCGAAUGCAUCAACUGCAGCUACGACUACAACUAUAUCACAAUAUAGAAACGAUCUCUUACCUGGUCCCAUAAGAUAUUUAUCCUAUAGCCCUAGAGAACCAGAUACUGAAGCAUUACCUUUAAUGAUUAGCCCAAUACAAAAUACGGUCUAUCAUUCACGACAGGAAAAUACAAACAAUAUUGAGUCUUCAAAUCAUGCAACAAUUUCCAGAGAAAGAACAUCAAUGACUGAGGAUCGACAGCCAACUUUAUUACAUCCAACUCAAAAUUACUUCCCAGUAGAAAUACCACCUAUAUAUCAAAAUCGAAGUAUGAGUUAUAGAUACCAAAACGAUCUAUACCAUCAUUCACAGGAAGCGCAUUCAAAUCCUUCUAAUCUAAGCUCGUUCCGUUACGCUGGUGGUAGCUCACACCCAUCAUCGAGUUACUAUCCAUUGAAUUAUCCUUUACCCCUUCCAUAUAGCGUCACCUCUUCUUCACUCCCUAUACUACCGCGUCAACAACAGUCUCAUCCGUCACAUAUACAAUCGUCACUACCACCCUCGCUUCCACCUCCCACUGUAUCUCCUUCAAACCAACCUUCAUUACCUAUUCCUUCUUCUCAACUCCACCCAUCAUCCUCUGUACAGAAACCACCGCCAGAAUAUUAAUUCCAAAAAAAUAAAAUAAAUGUGUAUAUGCAUAUACAUUAUAUGUAUUCGCUUUCCUUUCAAAAUAGAAAAAAAGAUGUACGUACUGUAAUCUAAAUUCCUUUUUAUAUGUGUAUAAAGCUAAUAAUAAAACAAUACAAAAAAAAAGUAUUAUUAAUGCAUAUGAGGAAUAAAUAUUAAAUAUGCCUUUUUU